GUCUGUCAACCCAUUCUCCCUGGAUCUCCUCUGCAGCCCCACCACAGCCCAUUUCGUCUCUAGGGAGCCUCAGUCCCCACCCGUGCUCUGCUCCCUCCAAGAAACCCGAACUUGUUGCUCCCAAGGCAUCCCAAUCUGCUGCCGCUGUUCGCUGCGGCGCUUUCUUUAGAGUCAUGGCGUUCAGUCGCCUGCUAGGUCUGGUCGCGCUGCUGGCUUGCGUGGCGGCGGCGGCGGCGGCGAAGGAUGCGUCAUUCGACAAGUUUAUGACGCUGCCCGACUUCUGCAAGUGGGACGGCGGCUGCUCGCGCCAGAACGACGGCUCCGUGAAGCUCACCGCUUACUCGAAUAAGAUGGGCAAGUUCACGUCCAAGGGCUACUUCGGCUAUGGCAUCUUCCGCGUCAACAUGAUGCUCCCCUCGGGCUACUCGGGUGGUUUGAUCCCCUGCCUCUAUCUCAUCUCGGGCAACAACCCCAAAUACACCGACCCGCACGACGAGAUCGACAUGGAAUUUAUCGGGGGAAAUACCCCCCGGGAUAUCGUUUUACACACGAAUCUCAUCACGGGCGGGCAGGUGUACCUGCAGCAGUACAAGUUCCCGUUCGACCCGUCGGCCGCGUUUCACACGUACACGAUCGUGUACUCGCCGGAUUACAUCAUGUGGGCCGUCGAUGACACGCCCAUCCGCAUCCACUGGAAGGAAAGCGGCCGUCCCUUCCCGUCGCUCAACGUCAAGUUCGAGGGCUCCAUCUGGGAUGCUUCCUCGUGGAGCGCGCUGAAGCCCAACUGGGGCAACGGGCCCAAGGAGGUCAAGUUCCGCCGCUUCGACAUGCGCCGCACGUGCAAGGCGUCGGGGGAGACCGGCACGCCGUGGUGCAACAAGCUGCGCGGAAACAAGGCGCCCUGGACGCGCAAGCCCAGCGCGGCCGCGAUCGCGAAAAGCAUCGAGUUCCGCAAGAAUUAUCUGGUCAAGGACUACGGCUGGUCGCACACCUAAGGAGUUGGCUUGUUGUCGCACUACCUAGGCGUAGUUCGUUGUAGGCUUGUUAUGCUUUGAGCGAUCUUCUGUAGCGAGGAUGCGCUCGUGGUGUUUUUAGAGCUGACUCCGCUUUUCUAGAAUAAAAGCUGUUGGGCAGCAAUGUCCUCGGUAAUCAAUGGUGUAUAAGUUGUCCAUCAGAUAAAUGAUUGAUUUUUGCUCCAAACUGGCUGGCCUCAGAUAUCAGGAUGUUUUAUCCUGAAUUCCUGAUUUUCAGGAUGAGUAUGAGGUGCCAGACCUGAAAAAUCCGGUUAAAUGAAUUUCUGACCCUGUAAAUUCAGUAUGAAUAUCAUAUGACAACCCUGACAACUCAGUAUAGUGUUCGUGUACCAGCCCUGAGUGCUCAGUAUGAAUUCGGGGAUAACCCUGAUACCUCGAAUCUGGCUUCAGGGGGGGCGCUACGGGUGUACCCCCUGCUUACUGCCCAUAGUU